AUGAGCGCAACGAUAAACCAACAAGUCCAAAACUUUGGAGCAAGUGCUUCCCGUCUCGCAUCUAGUACAUACGAUACACUUGUCAAAUCGGUGGGACCUGCUUCCGACACGGUCAGCAAGGGCUUCUCUCAAGCUACUCAGUUGGCUCGAGAACGUGUUGGUGGCGAAAAGGAUGUUACUGUCUUGCCUGAAGAUUACCGUCAACUUGAAGAGAAAGUAGACAAGAUCAAACUCAUCACUGAAAAAUUCCUACAAGUCACUCGAACUUUUACUCUCCCUCAUAAUGAUUACACCCCACCCGUCGUUGAUUCAGCUACAGAUAUCGCUACAAACUUUGCUGCUGGUGCUGCCACACUCUUUGCUCAGGCUCAGAGGGUGGUAGGUGCUAGCCCAUCAGUCACUCCAAUGAACAAGACUGAACAGGUACCGAAGAGCUUGGGACAUGCAUUGUCAAAAGCUGCUUUAGAUGGUGCCAAUGUUUUGCCUGCUCAAGAUCCAUUUGCUACUGCCUUGAAAAAGUUUGCCCGUACAGAAGAACGACUAGGUGAUGCCAAACUCAAAUUGGAUGCUGAAGUCACCAGUCGAUUCUACCAGCCAUACAACAACUCUCUCAACCAGCUCAUCGGCAAUGCUGUGCGAGCACGACGAAACGUCAAUGCCGUCAGAUUGGCGUAUGAUGCUGCCCGAGCCAAACUCAAGGCUGCAAAACCAGAACUAGCAGAAAAGGCUCGUGUCGAAAUGGAAAAGGCUGAAGACGAAUUUGUCGGUGCUGUCGAUGACGCUAUGGGCAAAAUGAAACUCGUCAUUGAAUCACCAGAACCACUCAAAAAUCUGGCUGAUUUCGCCGCUGCUCAACUUGCAUACUUCAAGGCUGCUGAAGCUUUGAUGGCUGAAUUGAGUCCCGAAAUUGAUGAACUACAAGUCACGAAUGAGGCAAUGCUCAGACGUGGGGCAUAA